CCGGUGAUGGCGGCCUCGUCAGCUUGUGUUUGAGAAGACAGCCCAAAGUUGUGUGAGCGACGCCCGCACACACCCUCACACACCCUCGCACACCCUCCACUUCACUCUGCCGGAGACGCUGCGGACUCACACCGGCUCUCCUCCCGCCUGCCGGCGCCUGCUUCCCCCCCCCCGGUGGUCUUUGUGAGCCCCCCCCCCCCGCAGUAAGUUAGCUUAGCAGGCUAGCAGGAUGUCGCUCUUCCAGUCUGCGCUCGAUUUCCUCGCCGGGCCCGGCUCUGUCGGAGCGGCCAGCCGGGACCAGAACGACUUUGUGGGGCAGCUGGUGGAGCUGGGCGACAUGAAGCUCCGGAUCAAGCGGGUGAUCGCCGAAGGCGGCUUUGCGUUUGUGUACGAAGCCCAGGACACAGGAAGUGGCAAAGACUACGCUCUGAAGCGACUCUUGUCCAACGAAGAUGAGAAGAGCAAGGAAAUCAUCCAAGAAGUUUGCUUUAUGAAAAAGCUAUCGGGACACCCCAACGUGGUCCAGUUCUGCUCGGCCGCCUCCAUCAGCAAGGAGGAGUCCGACACCGGACAGGCCGAGUUCCUGAUCCUCACUGAGCUGUGCAAAGGUCAGCUGGUGGACUUCCUGCGGCGAGUGGAGCAGCGGGCGCACGUGUCAUGUGACACCGUGCUGAAAGUCUUCUACCAGGCGUGCCGCGCCGUGCAGCACUUGCACAAGCAGAAGCCCGCCAUCAUACACCGAGACCUCAAGAUUGAGAACCUGUUGAUUAGCAACCAAGGCACCGUCAAGCUGUGCGACUUUGGCAGCGCCACCACGGUCUCGCAUUACCCGGACUACAGCUGGUCGGCACAGAGGCGCUCCAUGGUGGAGGACGAGAUCACGCGGAACACCACUCCUGCGUACCGGACUCCGGAAAUGAUUGACCUGUAUUCCAACUACCCCAUCAACGAGAAACAAGACAUCUGGGCCCUGGGCUGCAUCCUCUACCUGCUGUGUUUCAAGCAGCACCCUUUUGAGGAGGGCGCCAAGCUGCAAAUUGUCAACGGGAAGUACUCCAUCCCGCAGAACCACGCCAAGUACGCCGUGUAUCACGACCUCAUACGCUCCAUGUUGAAAGUGCACCCGGAGGAGCGUCUCUCAAUUACGGAGUUAGUCAACCAGCUCCAGGAAAUAGCAGCAGCACGCAACGUCAACCCCAAGUCCCCCAUCACGGAGCUGCUGGAGCAAAACGGAGGAUUCGGCAACAACGGAUCUCCGGCGCCUCCGCAGAUCCACGCUGUCCACGGCAACCCAGGCAUCUAUGAUCCAGAUCAGUCCGGCAGCGGCUUCCUGGACAUCCUCAAGGGAGGAACGGAACGCUUCCUGACCAACAUCAAGGACACCUCCUCCAAAGUUAUCCAGUCAGUCGCCAGCUACGCCAAAGGUGACCUGGACAUCUCCUACAUCACCUCCAGAAUAGCAGUCAUGUCGUUCCCGGCCGAGGGGGUGGAGUCUGCCAUAAAGAACAACAUCGAGGACGUGCGACUCUUCCUGGAUUCACGCCACGCUGGCCACUACGCCGUCUACAACCUCUCCAAGCGCUCCUACAGGUCGUCUCGCUUCCACAACAGGGUCUCUGAGUGCAACUGGCAGGUGCGCCGCUGCCCCAACCUGCGCAGUCUUUACAGCGUGUGCAAGAACAUGCAUCAGUGGCUCAAGCAGGACCAGAGGAACAUCUGCGUGGUCCACUGCCUGGACGGCAGAGCGGCGUCGGCGGUGGCCGUGUGCUCCUUCCUGUGCUUCUGUCGUCUCUUCACCACGGCCGAGGCGGCCGUCUACAUGUUCUCCAUGAAGCGAUGCCCGCCCGGCAUCGCCCCCUCGCACAAGAGGUACAUCGAGUACAUGUGUGACAUGAUGGCGGAGGAGCCCAUCAUCCCCCACUGCAAGCCCAUGGUCAUACGCUCCAUCGCCAUGACGCCCGUGCCCCUCUUCAACAAGCAGCGCAACGGCUGCCGGCCCUUCUGCGAGGUUUACGUCGGCGACGAGAGGGUCCUCACUACCUCACAGGAGUACGACAGGAUGAAGGAUUUUAAGAGCGAGGACGGAAGAGCCGAGAUCCCCUUGAAUGUGAGCGUCCAAGGAGACGUGCUGGUGGUCAUCUACCACGCCAGGUCCACGCUGGGAGGACGUCUGCAGGCCAAGAUGGCCUCCAUGAAAAUGUUUCAAAUCCAGUUCCACACAGGCUUUGUCCCCAGAAACGCCACCACUGUGAAGUUUGCCAAGUACGACCUGGACGCCUGUGACAUCCAGGAGAAGUAUCCGGACUUGUUCCAGGUCAACCUGGACAUCGAAGUGGAGCCCAGAGAGAGGCCCAGCGCCAAGACCCCGCCAUGGGACGGCUACCAGACCAAGGGCCUUAACCCCAAAAUCCUCUUCUCCUCUCGCGAUGAGCAGCAGGAGAUCCUCAGCAAGUUUGGUAAACCAGAACUGCCUCGUCAGCCGGGGUCCUCGGCCUUCUAUGACUCCAGUUUGCCACCGGAGCCUGCGCAGACCCCGGAAAGCUCUACCGCAACCGAAGCGGAAUCUUCUGAGAGCCCGGACGCCAACGCCAACAACUUCUUCCAGACUUUGGACUGGGAAGAUGUCGGCGCCCCCCAGGAGGCCUCGGAUAGUCAAGGAGGCGGAUCCGUGAACGACCAGGAAGAUCUGAGCGAUCAGUCAGAAGGAGAGUCCUACUCCUACUCUGCUCCCAGUGGGGGGGGUCUGUCACGGGACACCAGCGAGCCCCUGUUUGACGCAGACUUCCAGACUCCUUCCCCUGGAGCCGAGGACUCGCCCGCCAACGACACGGCCGAUCUCUUAGGUUUGAACUCUGACCCCGCGCCUCCUCAGGUGGGCCUGAAAGCCUCCUCCAGCCAAAGUGACCUCCUCAACGACCUGUUUGCGCCCCCGGCUGCAGUGCAGGAAGACUUGUUCUUUGGCGGAGAAGCCGGCGGCUCCAAACCCAUGAGCGACCUGUUUGACCCCUUCGGCAUGGGCUCCAGCUCCGGGGUGGGCUCCAGCGUGGGCUCCUCUCGGCAGGCCUCCGGCGCCGACCUGUUUGGGGACUUGUUAAGCUCGGACGGUUCCGCCGGCAGCAACUUCAGCGCAGCCCGGAGCAACCCCGCCCCCGUCUCCAACGCCAGCCUCUUCGACCUGGAUAAGUUGGUCAAGGACACUCCCAAGAUGACGUCGUCCGCCAGCCACCCUGACCUCCUGCGGGGGUGGGACAGCUGGGCGGCGAGCACGAGCACGUCCGCCAGCGUGAGCUCCACUGCCAGCAGGCCCGCCUACACCAGCACAGCUUCUAGUCUGGCGUCACUGUCAAAGGCCAAAUCUCAGACCUUUGAUCCUUUUGCUGACUUGGGAAACCUCGGCUCCAAACUAUCAAAUUCAACCAACAGUACCAUGUCCGGCACAAAAGUACCUUCGUCUUCCUCCUCCUCCUCUUCGUCCUCUGCCGCCAAGCCUCAAGCCCAGUCCUGGCAGGCCGGUAGAGCUGCUUCCAGUCAAAACAAACAAUGGCAGUCUGGGUCUGCGCCCAAGGAGGCGUCGGCCCCGCAGCCUUCCGGCGCGCAGACCGCCAAGCCCAACUACAACCUCAACUUCUCCAGCGUCAUCGGAGGCCGGGAGGAGCGAGGCGUUCGAACUGCGGGAUUUGGCCCCAAGCCCAAAGUAAAGGAGGAGGACUUCGGAGACUUGCUGUCCACUCAGGGUUUCUCCUCCAAGUUCGACAGAAAAGGGCCGAGGACCAUCGCUGAAAUGAGGAGGGAGGAGCUCACAAGAGAAAUGGAUCCUCUCAAAUUACAGAUCCUGGACUGGAUCGAGGGCAAGGAGAGGAACAUCCGAGCGCUGCUGUCCACGCUGCACACCGUGCUGUGGGAGGGCGAGACCCGCUGGAAGCCCGUGGGUAUGGCCGACCUGGUGACGCCCGAGCAGGUGAAGAAGUUCUACAGGAAGGCCGUGCUGGUGGUCCAUCCUGAUAAGGCGACGGAUCAGCCGUACGAGCAGUACGCCAAGAUGAUCUUCAUGGAACUGAACGACGCCUGGUCAGAGUUUGAGAACCAGGGAUCCAAAGCGCUCUUUUGAAAACCUCCACGCCCCGCCCCCCGCCGGUCCGGGUCGAGCCAGAUCCGGACCGGGUCGAGCUGGACCGGAUUUGGCCUUUUUUUGAAGAAAAAAAACCCCCACCCGAAACGGAUUUAUCCUGGGUCGGUUUGGACUGGACUGAGCCCACAUUGGGCCUUCUUUGUUCUUCUUGUCGUACCUUCGCCACCGGGUGGUGGUGCUGGUAGUGGUGGUCCGCACUCGCAAACCAGGAGUGACAAUCACAUGACCAACACUUCACUUCAAACUGUCAACAAAAACAGCGGAUUGUGUCGCUAACAAGCAAAAUGGAGACUUUGUGGCUGUCUAAGUAUUAUUAUAUUAUUAUUAUUAUUAUUAUUAUUAUUAUUAUUA